AAUAAACUUACUCUGUAAUAAAUCUGUAUUCGUUUUAUUUCUUGUUGGAAGAAGAUGAUCGCGUCGCAGCUGCAGAGAAUUUCUCGGGGGUUUGUCGUUGGACCACGCCGCGGAUUUGCUACUGCAAGACUUCUGCGCCAUGGUCAUGGUGGGAUUCCGGGAGAUAACCUCCCUUUUGACCUUGGCGCCAAGUACAAGCUGUCCCUUUACUUUUUGGCCUUUUUCACCAGUGGUUGGAGUAUCCCAUUCAUUGCCUUGAAAUUCCACUUGGAAAAAUGAUGUCCUUUACGACAUACCGGAAUUUAUUCAUUUUUAGAUUAAUCUUUCAUUGUGAGAUGCGUUGAAUAAAGCAUUCUUGGUAACCUGCAUUAUACUGUACUGUACUUGCUGUGGGCAUCGUAAGCGGCAUUAGUACACGACCCGGUUACAGAUGGCGUUUUAAUCGUCGGCAUAUCUCCCGCUCUUCUCAGAAGAGAAGAUCUCGAGUGGUCCCGUGAAAUAGUUUUUUUGGUGCAUAUGAAUGUUAUCUGCGUCUUUUCGAAUGGCUUGGAGAUCUGGUUUGAUUUUGGGGUCAGAUUUUCAGGAGUUGCAUUGGAAGGUCGGCUUUUCCGUUGCUAAAAUGUGGGUGCUGUUUUUAUUUGAGUCAGUUAUUAUUGUGCUGAAGUCUUGAAGGAGAUCAGAGCACUUGAAUGUGGAAACCAGCUACCUUCAAUGAGAACCCUUUGGUGACAUCUUGACAAUACGCGGUCGAGUUGGCCGCAUUUUUCGUCCGCAUUUUUCGUUCCGAUCAUGUUUGUGGCCCCUACUCGCGCGCGGCGCAUAUACAUCAAAAUAUCUCCUCAGUUUGAGAUUUACUUACGUGAUGUCCAAUGCCGACCGUCGAGUUGUUUAUGUGACUGGGUUCGGGCCUUUUCGGGACGUGACGGAAAAUGCUAGUUGGGCUGCUGUUCGACUCUUACCCGAAACCGGCAUUGAAACCGAACUUAAUAUCAGAUUGGUGAUCGAAGAAGUUCCCGUGGCGUACGAUCAUGUUUCGAAUGAAACUUGCGAACGGUGGCGAGCAUUAUCACCCCACUUGGUAGUACAUGUGGGAGUUAGCUCAAAGGCGACUGAUGUCCAGUUAGAGACGAAAGCGAAUUGCGCCGGCUACAAAGGAUUAGAUGUCAAAGGGUGUGUUCCCAUUGAUGGAAAGUGCAAGCGAGAACUGGAUGAGGAUGCGUUCAUCUUGUCUGGGCUCGACUUAUCGUUAGUUGCGUCAAAUGUCAACAAACUCGGAUUGCCUUGUCAUGUAGCAACUUCAGAAAAUGCUGGAAGAUACUUAUGCGAAUUCAUCUAUUUCACUUCCUUGUGCGUGGACCGUAAACGAGUUUGCUUCAUUCACGUUCCACCGGAAAGUAUUUGCCAAUCGACUGUAAUAGCUUCUAUUUUGAAAGCUUGCAUUGGGGAAAUGCUAAAACAGCUGAAUGAAGCUGUAACCAGUGAUCCUCCUGUGAAUUCUUCGCAAGUGCAGUGAUAUUUCAUCUUCACGCAUUCAUGUCAGAAGUGAAUUGAGACAAUCCUGGUGCUUAUUUUAUCUGUACAGUAUUAUUGCAUUGAAAAUCCCUCCGGCAGCAAGGAACCAGCUAAAAUCACGCGAGGACCAAUCGUUUAUGGGAUGGAUUUGUUCUUCUUGAAAAUCUUUCUUGAUUUAUCUGGGACUAUAAGGCGUCAUUUUGGGAAUCAAUUGAAACGAACUUGAACAUUCGGAAUGCUCUGUGUUUGAACAUGUAUUGUACGUUUCUUACUGCGGGGCUUAGCGAUGUUAACUUUUGUACCUGGUGCUUUUUAAAUGGGAAGUUGAACCUCUCUAAGCAAAAGUUGGAGGGACUCCAGAAAAAUGUGGCUGAUGGAGGCCUCGAGGUUGGGAAUAUGGCAUGAUCUGUGUAGUUCAACCAAUGAAAAAAAUUCUAUGGCCCAAUUAUUGAGGAUGCAUCAUUUGGUGGUCUCCUACCUGCAGGACGUUUCCUAAUGCCUUCCGUGAAGCAUAAUUUGCGUCUGUUUUGGAUCAAGUGUUCUAAAAUGUUGCCACAUUUUAUUAGCUUCAAGGCAAUGGGAAAUUCGACCAUGAGAGAUAGAGCCGAAAUGUUUUGACUUGGGGUGUUUUAAGGUGAUUUACCCGGGAUUCACUGGAGUAUAAGGGAUGAUUUUGUCUUGGAGAGGUUAAACUGUAUUGUCGGUUAUCCGUGUUCAUCAUCCAGAGCAAUCCUUAUGCACAAAAUGUGAGUUUCAAGUUCAACUAACAGUAUUUCCAUAACUAUGUAGUGAUAGUAAUGGAUAAGAAAUCUAAUGAGUGGAAAUAGAGUGAAAAACUUAUGCCUGAA